AUGGGGCAUGGGGCACGACCAUCCUCCUUCCUCCCCCACUCCUUCCCUCCUCUUUCCCCCUCCCUAAUUCCCUUCCACCCUCCAUUUCCCCCUCAGGAGCUGGGCACGAAGUCCAGGCCAUUCGACUACAUCCCGUCCUGCAUUCCUCGCUACCCCCUCCUAACACCCUUCUACCCCUUCUUUGGCUUCUCCCCCCUUCCCCUCCCCCUUCCCCCCCAGGAGCUGGGCACCAAGUCGAGGCCAUUCGCCAACAUCGCAGGAGUGUGCCGGCGCUGCAGCGAGCAGAUCGCAUGGCGCCGCAAGUACGGCAAGUACAAGCCUCUGACCGAGCCUGCCAAAUGCGGAGCAUGUGGCAAGAGGAGUGUGAAAGACGCAUACCAUGCCAUCUGCAAAGCAUGUGCGAAGGAGAAAGGGUUGUGCGCCAAGUGCCGGCAGCCCACCAAAGAGAUUGUGCAAGAUGGAGCAGCAGUGCGGGAGAAUGAGAUGAAGCAACUAGAGGAGGCUCUUGGGAGGCUGAGGGAGAGGGAGAGGCGAAGCCUUUUGCGUGCGAUGGAGAAGGGCAAUGCAGGGGCGGCGAACAGCGUGGCAAAGAAAGCAGCGAAGAAAGCAGCAAAGGGAGACGAUAGUGAGGAGGAUGAGGAUGAUGAUGAGGAAGAUGAGUGGGAGGAGGAUGAGGGGGAGGAUGAGGGAGAGAAGGAUGAGAACGAGGGGGAGAAGGAUGAGGAGGGAGAGGAGGAUGGGGAGGAUGGGGAUGGGGAUGGGGGCGAGGCAGGGGAGGGGAAGGAGGAUGAAGCAGAUGAUAGCAAGGGUGGAAGCAAAGGUGGUGGAACAGCGGACGGUACCGAGACUAAGAAGGAUGACUACACAUGA